UUUCAUUGUAUGUAAUUUAAUUAAUGUAUAAACUAAUGUUAAUUAAUUAAUUUUUAAUCUCUAAAACAAUUUAAUUAACUCUAAUUAAUCUAUAUUUUACUAUGAAGCAGUGUGAACCGACUAAUUACAAGGUGGUUGUUUUAUAAUCGUUUCACUAAUUAACCUCAACACCGUUGAUUUAAAGGGCCGUUUCUAGUGAUGGGUGUCUACGUCGUCCUCCACGAUCCGAUCCAUGGUUCUGUUGAAUUGCAUCCAGUUUGUGUUACAAUCAUCGACACUGUCCAAUUCCAGAGACUUCGUAACAUCAAACAGUUGGGGUUGUGUUACUAUGUCUUUCCCGGGGCCUCGCACAACCGCUUCGAGCACAGCAUUGGAACCUGUCACCUCGCUGGCGAAUUCAUUCGGCACCUGAGAAGACACCAACCCGAACUCGACAUCUCCGACAAAGACCUGUUGUGUGUGGAAAUCGCUGGUCUGUGCCAUGACUUGGGACACGGACCAUUUUCUCAUUUCUUCGACAAUCUAUUCAUUCCCGAAAUCGAACCUGGAUCUCAGUGGAAACACGAAAUCGCCUCCGUCGAAAUGUUCCAACACAUCUUGGAUGAAAACGAAACGGUUAGAAACGGUUUCCGCAAAGCAGGUUUGGAUGGCAAAGAUGUGAAUUUUAUAAAGAAUUUAAUAAAUCCCAUCAAGGAAUUGGUUGCCGAUGAAGAGCAAACAGGUCGAGGUGUUGAUAAAACAUAUCUUUACAACAUCGUUGCCAACAAAGAGAAUGGCGUGGACGUUGAUAAAUGGGAUUAUUUCGCGAGAGACUGUCAUCAUCUUGGCUUAACAAACCAAAUUGAUCACAAAAGGAUCAUUAAAUUCGCCCGGGUCCUCACAGUGGACGGCAAAAGGACGGAAAUAUGUUUCAGAGAUAAAACUGCACUGAAUUUCUACCACAUGUUCCGUUCCAGAUUCGAACUUCAUUGUCUUGCCUAUAAACACAAAGCUGUUGCUGCCAUGAAUGAAAUGCUGAAAGAUGCUUUCGUCCAGGCAGACAGCUUCAUCGGGCGGCAGGGGAAAUAUUCCUUACUUUCUCUCUCGAAAGCCAAACACGACAUGACAGCCUUCGCCCAGCUGACGGACGGAGUUUUUGACGAAAUCCUGUAUUCCAACCAAACAAAUUUACAAACGGCGAAAGAGAUUUUAACCCGAAUACACGAAAGAAAACUUUAUAAGUUCGUUGGUGAGAAAUCUUUCAACUGUGAAGUUGAUUGUAAAAAGAUUCUGCAUGAAAUCGUUCCAGAUGACCCAGAACUUGUCGACCAGUUGGUCAUUUAUAAAUUCAAGCUGGAUUAUGCGAGUGGAGACGACGACCCGGUCCACAAGAUACACUUUUAUUCCAAACACUCCAUCAACCAAGUCCUGCCUCGGGUCCAGCUUCCUUAUUCUUCUCUCAUUCCAAAAGCAUUUUCAGAAAGACUUAUUUAUAUAUUUUGCAAAAAUGACGAUUUUCUCGAAAAAGCUAAAUAUCUUUUUAAUUCCUGGUUUGGGAAAACCUGCUCAGUUUAAUUAAUAACUUUUAUGUCAUCUGUUUGAGUUUGGCAGAUUAUUUUAAAUUAUUUUGUUUGAUUAAUUUAUAUUUAAUUUUAAUUAUGUUUUUGUUUCAAAGGUUGAAAAGUUUCUAAAUAUUCUGUGACAAAGUAAAUUCCUUGCCCAGCUCCCCUUCCGUCUGCACACACACAUAUUUCAAAUAUCUUGAAUAACAUUUUGUCUUAUUUUAGAUAUGAAUAAAAAUCUAAUUUAUUUUCACAAACA